AUGGCCGGAGACGGACGGCUCAUGCCACGCGUGAGUCGUUCCUCUCUGAAGCGCACAGCCUGUGACAAAUGUCGCAGCCGGAAGCUGCGGUGCCUUCGAGAUGAGCAAAACGAUAAUGACACCCUCCGUGCGUGCAGACGUUGCGCCAAUGCCGGCAUUGUCUGUGUUACUAGUCCGGCCAAGCCUCUUGGGCGUCACUCUGCUCGUCGCAUACGCAUUCCGAGCGACGACGCAUCGUUGCUGACAUCGCCCAGAUCCGGGGCCGUGCCGCCUGGUGUCCAUCAGCAGGAGCCGAUGGAAGGUAUUCGAGUAUACACAUUGGCGAGCUCGUCGGGUAUAGGGCUGUCGAAAUCGGAGAAUGGCUUGCGAUUGAGCUCAUCCUCGCAGAUCGAUGACCUUCAGGCAACUACAUUGGGUGAAUCCAGCUUAUCGGAAAACGUGGGGUUUGAUAUUCCAGCACAUCGCACUGAAUUGGCUUCCGACUUCAUGUCGAACCAUACUUUAUCUCCGUUAGAUAUAUGUCGGAAAGCGGUCGACAGCCAACUCAAGUACUCGCGAAUCGAGCUCCCCGCUAAGUCUGGAAGUCAAACAUCGAGCUUUCAACGGCCGUCGCCGCAAGCUGAGGGUGACAACCAUUUUGGAAUACCAGACAGCGAAACUAUUGACAUACAAUCUUGUCGGCUCAGCCUCACUCUAUCCCAACAAAUGCUGGCUUUGGGGACAGCGCCGCCAGAAUUAGACAAAAAACUCCGUACCAGCAUCUUGAACGCGAAUGUUUCGCUGCUAGGCUCGAAACAACGACUACAAGCAGCUCAGACAAGGCCUGUUGACCUGGUUCUUGACAGCUCAUCUCAAUUUCUGGACAUAUUGCAUCAAUGUAGCCAGGACUCAGGCAAAACCGACAAAACGACCAUAGAGCCAGGGGAUAAAGGUCUUCAGAAAACGCAAGAACGAACCGAAGCGCAUGGUCCGUCACAGCGUGCAGAGCCCUGGAUUUUCCAUGCUUUUAUGCCAAAGGCUUCGCAGACGGCUUCAGAAUCCUCUGCCAACUCCGCCUUUCUUAUGAGGAAAACGGCACAAUCGCUCAGCACGAGUUCGAUACUAAGCCUAACGAGCUGCUACAUCAACUUCAUCGCUAUUUACGACAUCUUGGUCCAGCAGAUGCACCGAGCACUUUGCGACACCUCACCUUCUUCGCCCAAUCGAGGCUUGAAAUUAGCAGGUUUUCUCAUGCAUAAGAAUGGCCUUCAAGUCAAGAUACCCGUCCAAGUCAUGGAGCAUCAGCUUGAGCUCAUCGAGCAAGGCCUGGGGCUUCCAAACCAAUACCGGGUGCGUCCCAGAUCGUACCAGCUACCCAAGAGAGCGAAUGCCCAAGAGAUGCUGGAAGGGAAAGGCAUCUUCGAUGGUUUCGAGGCAAAAGCUUUGUUGGAAUCUGCAAUGCGCUUGAAUGACCAGGCAGCUGUGCGGAGGAUUCUGUCUCUGCGGCAGAAUUUGGACAAGGUCUUGGAGUUGACCAAGACGCUACAGUAG